AUGAGCUUAGGAAAUGCAGUGCAGAAACGGGAAUGUCUACAGAAGUCACACAGGAAAUAUUCAAAAGGAUCAAACGUCCAAAACCAACCUCUUAUAAUAAAACUAGGUGCAUCAACAGAAAUCGCUAACAUGGGUCUGCGAAAAAGAUCAGAUUUCAAUCCCGAUAUUGUCAAAUCGGUACCUAGCCUAACGAAGACGCCGGUCUCAAACAAAUUCAUACUUGACUCAGAUACUUCCGGUGACGGAAAUAAGACAUGGACGGAGACCGCUUACUCUACUUUAUCGUCGUCGCAGAAAAAGCAUUGGAUGGAUAGAAGAAUAAAGAGCAUGGUGAAGCUGCCUUUUAAAAGCUUCAAGAGAAAUAUUCUGAGGCGAAGCUCUCUCGUGAGCAGAUUGAUGUCCGUUGAAGAGGUUGAUAAGCUACCGUUGAAAAGAAAAACAUCGAAACAAAUAAGAUGCAAACACAUUGCUACAUCACAUAGUUACCGGUGCAUGCGAGCGCAUGUCAUGAGGAUGGCUGGACCCACUAAAAGCGAAUUAGCCGUUUUCCGCGCGAAAGUGAAGAAACUGAUUACCCCUGUUUUUGGUAUGAAUAUUACUCCUAAAGGUAAAAAUUACUUGACUUCAAAAAUGUCUCGUGGAUGUGGCAGCGAAAAUCUUGAUUCAAAAAGGUUGCAAACAGACUAUGGAGGUCUCAGUUUAAUGUAA